GGGCGGGUGUUUCGCUGCUGGGGCUGGACGUGGUUCCUGUCCUUGUGCUCGUGCCAUGGACUCCCGCCUCUACCGUAAUGUCUAUCCUGGCGCCGUUAUUAACAUCCAGCGGAGUAACGGCUUAAUUCAUAAGGCAACCGUGAAGGUAGUGAACCUGGAGCUCUCCUGCGUGACUGUGGAGUGGGCUGAGAGUGGCGCCACCAAAGGCAAGGAGGUUGAUAUUGGCGAUGUGAUUGCAGUAAAUCCUGAAUUAUUGCAGCUACCCCCUGCUGAUGUAAAAGAGAAUGUUCCUUUGCAAGACAAUGUAACUUCACAGAAACAGAAGCGUAGAGCAACCCUUUCAAAAAUUCCUGCUCCACGGGAGGCUGUACGUGGCCGUUCCAGGAUGUCUGCUAUCACAGAAUCCCAAUGCAGCCUCCAGGAAGAUGAGAUGGCAGUAGAUCCCUGCACUUCUUUGCAAACCAGAAGACAUUCAUCAAAUCCUGUUCGAAGAAGAUCUAACAUUGUGAAAGAGAUGGAGAAGAUGAAAAACAAGAGAGAAGAAAAGAGAGCUCAAAUUAGUGAAAUCAGGCUAAAACGAGCGCAGGAGUUUGACAGCACCUGUCCAAACUGGGAGUUUGCACGUAUGAUCAGUGAAUUCAGAGCAACUUUAAAAUGCCAGCCAAUAUCUAUAAGUGAUCCAAUAGAAGAGCACAGGAUUUGUGUCUGUGUGAGAAAGCGCCCUCUCAAUCGGCACGAACUUCUGAAAAAGGAAUGUGAUGUUGUUACUGUUCCGAGCAAGUGUGUCCUGAUGGUGCAUGAGCCAAAGCAGAAAGUGGACCUAACAAAAUACCUUGAAACCCAAACAUUUAGAUUUGAUUUUUCAUUUGAUGAAACUUCUUCAAAUGAAAUGGUAUACAGAUUCACUGCUAGACCUCUUGUAGAGACCAUCUUUGAGGGUGGGAAGGCGACGUGCUUUGCAUAUGGCCAGACAGGCAGUGGCAAGACACAUACUAUGGGUGGAGACUUCUCUGGGAGAACCCAGAAUGCCUCAAAGGGCAUAUAUGCUUUUGCCUCACGAGAUGUCUUCCUCCUCCUAAACCAGCCCAGGUACAGGAAUCAGAAUCUGGAUGUGUAUGUGACUUUCUUUGAAAUAUACAAUGGAAAAGUGUUUGACCUCUUGAAUAAGAAGGCCAAGCUUCGAGUCUUGGAGGAUGGCAAGCAACAGGUCCAGGUCGUUGGUCUCCAAGAAAGACCAGUUGGCUGUGCUGAGGAUGUCAUCAAAAUGAUCACGACUGGCAGUGCCUGCAGGACUUCCGGGCAGACUUUUGCAAAUGCCAGCUCUUCACGGUCACAUGCCUGCUUCCAAAUCAUACUGCGCCGAAGAGGACAAAUGAUUGGCAAAUUUUCCUUGGUGGAUCUGGCAGGAAAUGAAAGGGGUGCAGACACAUCUAGUGCUGAUCGGCAGACGCGGAUGGAAGGUGCUGAAAUCAAUAAGAGCUUGCUGGCUUUGAAGGAGUGCAUCCGAGCUUUAGGGCAGAACAAGUCUCAUACCCCGUUUCGGGAGAGCAAGCUAACACAGGUGCUAAGAGACUCUUUCAUAGGAGCAAACUCAAGGACCUGCAUGAUAGCAAUGAUUUCUCCAGGCAUGAGUUCGUGUGAGUACACCUUAAACACACUGAGAUACGCUGACAGAGUGAAAGAGCUUAGCCCUCAUGAUGGAGGUAGUGAAACUCAGAGUCAGAUGGAGACUGAGGAGGCUGAGACCACUGGGGACAACUUGUUCUUACCUGGCUGUUUUUUGCAGCUCUCCAAGGACGAGGAGGAAGAACUCUCUCCCCACAUGUUCAGCUAUCGAGAGGCUAUGACUCAAAUUAGUGAAUGGGAGGAGAAGGUUGUAGAACAGCUCAGAGAACUGAGACAGAGAAUGACUACUGAACUUGACUACCUCUUGGGAAUCACAGAGAAACCAGAUUAUGAUCUUGAGACCUUUGUGGGCAGAGCUAAGUACUUCAUAGAGGAUAGCUCAAGAAAUUUCCUUGGUGUCAGAGAAACACUGGAUGCCCUGGGGACUGCUAUGCAACUGGAGGAGCAAGCCAGCAAGCAGAUAAGCCGGCGGAGGCCUUAGUCAUUACAGCAAAACUUGGUUCACAAGCAGUCUUGCAUGCACUUGUCUUGUCUUGCAUGUUCGUCAGUGGUUUGUAUCACCGUUUUAAAUGUGGUAGGGUUUCUGCAGGUCACGUGCCCAAGGGCAGUGAACACAGCAGCCUUUUUCUUCAUGGCCUGUAUCAGGGUACUCAGCAAAGUGCUAAAAUGCAUCCACUGCAAGGCUUGGGUAGGGGGUCUGAGAGUCAGUAGUCUCUGCCUGAGGUAUCUGGCAUUUGGCCCUUUGCUAGUGAUGAUGGUCUCCCCUGAGAGAACUAAAGACAUGUAUAGUACAUAACCUUUUCCAGAUGUGCUUGAAACAUUGCAAAACUGUUGCAAGUUUUGCUUUUCUGGAACAAAAAUGGAGUAUGACUGUAAAAAACAGUAUUUUUAAGAAAUUGAAUAAAUAAAUGUAGUUGAAUCUCAUUGUCUUAUCUGUCCUAUAAAAAUAUUUCUUGCUGAUUUUGGUAAAGUUUAACACCUCCU